CUCCAAUUUGAACGUUUUCACUUUGAAGGUCGUUCCGUAACUCCAGUGAAACCAGUUUUCAAAGACAUGCCUCGAGGUCGCAGUGUUAAACGAGGCUUCCGCCCAUCUCAUGCGCCGGUCCAAACAAUGCUUGUUCCAAGCCAUGCUGAAUUUGCUGCCACAAAUAAAGAUCAAAUUCUCUAGCUGCAUCUCUACGUUGUAAUUUGAUUUAAUUUUUGACUUUCUGGGUGCAUCCGGGUCUUAUUGCUUUCUUGAAGGGGAAGAGAUGAACGAACUUGACGAAACCAAAGCACCAAAAUUGAAUCCACCUAAAUCUAGCCCCAGCAAAAAGUCAGAUGAAUGUGGGGUAGAGGUUUAUGAAGACGAUGACGAGCUUGAAGAUUCUGAGUUAGAAAACAAUGCCACCGGGAGGCGUCUGGUCGAGGGUGAUAUCGAUGUGGAUGAUGCUGAAAGUGAAAGUGCGGAGGAUGAACCUAUUGAAGAAGAACCUGAAGAUACUCUGACGCCUGCUGAGAAAGCCUCGCAAAUUUGUCGCCUUCCUGCAAAAGAACUUUGUACAGAAGAAACUCAAAUGUUCCCUUUUUUAGAAAGUUCUUCAAAUUCUUUAAAGGAGUCAUAUAUUGCUGUCCGAAAUCUUGCAUGUUUAAUGUGGUCAGAAGACUCGUGUACACAGGUUACGCCUAAUAGGCUGUUCAUAUACGUGAUGAAUAAUAUGUCAGUCGAGAAUCUACGGGUGAUGAUCGAUUCUGGUUUGACUGCUCCUUUACCAGUACACCAAGGAUCCAACUCGUCUGCUUCUUCUGUUUGUGAGGAAAACAUUUCUGGUGUCGGUCGUGUCAGAUAUAGCAAAGAGCUUUCUCGAUCUCUUCAACGCCAUCUAACAAGUUUAACUCUCCCAAGUAAUUACUCACCCUGGGGUACGCCUACUGCAAAAGCAAAUUUGGAACGGAUGACUUAUUUAGUUGUUUUGUUCUUGGAAAGAUAUGGAUAUAUCAACUUUGGCAUAUUUAAAAUUAUAUCUCCACCCUUAACACAUGUGAAUUCAUCUCGUACUGCUGAUCCUGCUACCACUGCAACUUUCCUAGGAUCGCCUAUGGAAAUAUUAGACAAAUCAGAUGUCCAACUAACACCCAGAAGAGCUGCAGCUGAGAAAGCUCUAGCAGCAACGCGUCGUGCUAACAAUUCUCCUUCUGCCAGUACAUUACCACUUAGUUCAUCAUCUACGUCACUGACAACUCCUCAUUUUAUUAUAAUUGGUGCUGGUAUUUCUGGCCUAAUUGCAGCAAGACAACUGACUUAUUUUGGUGCCAAAGUUACUAUUUUAGAAUCUCGUGAUCGUGUUGGAGGUCGAAUAUGGACUUGUAGAAAAGGUGGAUAUCAAGCUGAACUUGGGGCCAUGGUUGUCACAGGUUUAUCUGCAAAUCCUGUAGCUAUAUUGGUACGUCAAUUAUCAUUAAAUUUGCUUCCAAUCAAUACCGAUUGCUCGCUAUAUGACUCACAAGGUCAUUUAAUAAACCGUGAUCUUGAUGAACAAAUUGAAGAAGAAUUCAAUCGUCUUUUAGGCACAGCUGCUUAUGUAUGCCAUUCUAAAGGAUUAGAUUCAUUAGUUCUUGAUUCGGGCGUUGAAAUUCCUUUAUCAUUAGGUCAAGUUAUUGAAUUGUUAAUUAAAUAUCAAGAAAAGCAUAAAAUACAGUUGAAAAUAACACAUCGUAAAUUGAUCUCACAAUUAUUAGAUCGUAAAAAUUCUCUAUUAGAUCAGAUGGUUAUUGAACGUAAAAAUAUUGAAGCAGCUUAUGAAAAGUGGCAUUCAGCAUCAAAAGCAUUAAAUAACCAAUCGUCACCAAUCCAUCACUAUACUCAACAAUCUAAAACACAAAAUCCUACGCAAAAUAAAUCUCGUGUACGCAAUGAUUCAUCAUGUUCACCUCGUUCCAGUAGUACUGAACUAGAUGGAAAACUAGUCAUUGAAUCAGCUUCAUCAAAUGGAUCACAAAAAUCAGCUGAUAACAAUGCGGUAAGAUUAUCCUCCGCUACUGAUCUAUCUCAACGUCCUUCGUUACCAGUAUUUAAUGUUAGCGCUCAAUUCGAAGUUCGCCAGUUACUUAGUCAUUUACAUGAAGCUUGGAAGAAAUUUCAACCACUUCAAAUUGCCCUGUCUCAAGUCAAUAAGCAAUUAGAUAUAUUACUUCAAGAACCACCGAAAGAUAUGUAUUUAACCAAAGAAGAACGUUCUAUACUUGAUUGGCAUUUAGCUAAUUUGGAAUUUGCCAAUGCCACAGAAUUGCAUAAUUUAUCAUUACGUCAUUGGGAUCAAGAUGAUUUGUUUGAAUUAAGCGGUGAUCAUUGCGUAUUACAAGACGGUUACGGAUCAGUAACCGAUAAUUUAGCACAUUUUAUUACAUCUGGUCAGUCAUUAACAGUUGGAUUAAAACCUCGUGAUAAUCAUCUUACAUCUGUAAUAACAACAACAUCGUCAUCAAAUUCAUCCACUUAUAAACUUGGACCUGGUCAUAUUGAAUUGAAAAGUACAGUUAAACGUAUUUCUUACUCUAAUACAGGUGUUCAAGUGGAUGUCCUUAAUUCGGCAUUUAGUCAAGAUGAUUUAAUUGAAUAUGAAGCAGAUGCUUUAAUUUGCACUCUACCAUUAGGUAUCUUAAAAGAAAUUAUCCAACAAGAUAAUGAAACAACCAUGCAUCAAUCACAAUUUACAACAAAUGAAUCAUCUAACAAUUGUCUUACAAAAUUAGUUGUACCACGUUUUGAGCCACGUUUGCCUGAUUGGAAAAUUUCAGCUAUUCAGCGUUUAGGAUUUGGUGUAUUGAAUAAGUACUCUGCCGAUAUCGUGCUGUCGACGCAAUGAAACUCUUCGCUCUGUUUGACAAUUGCUGUAACUUCGGCAUCAGAUCCUGCUACACACUACUUACAAACAUCCUUCUGAGUAGCGUCCGCUUCAAAGGUAGUAGUAAUUUAUUCAAUUCAGUUCAUGCUGCUACAUGGUUUGAGUGAUUUUACUGGAUAGUUCGUUUUGCUGUUGGACCAAUCGGCUUACACCGUUCCAUCACUCCCAUUAUAAUUUUACAUUGGCUGAAAAUGUAUGUACGGAGCUCAAAAGUUUGCUAAGUAAUGAUUAAUCAUAACCACAGACUAAAUAUUGUCUUCUACUACUUCUGUGGCCCAAUGAGACAAGGUACUGGGAGGAUCCAACUGUAUUUUUUUUUUUACCAAUUUGUGUUGCUCAUUGAAGUGUUUGCUUUUUAUCAUUUUAAUCUAUUCAAUCAUAACAUUACAUUGUUCCGGUUGAUAAUGGACAUUACGACGAACCCUGAUUACUCUGCGUAAAUUUUAACCAUACAUUUGAUGUUAUACAAAAAUAGCUUUGUUUUGAUGAUUGGUUUAUCAAAGUUGUUCAGUGUAUGUUUGAAAAUCAUAAUAUAAUUAGUAAACAAAGCAAAUUUCAACCUUACAAAGGAAACCAACCUAGGUGUAGAUUCGUUGUCCUGCUGGCAACUCUCGAUGAACAUGACUUCAAUGACCAUAUUCACGUAGUGUUAAUCGGUAUUAUCUCUUUCGUUCUCUAGGUUGUACUUAUAUUUGAGAAGAGUUUUUGGGAUCGUUCACACAAUCUAUUUGGACAUGUGAAUGAAUCAACAAAUUCGCGUGGUGAAUUAUUUUUAUUCUGGUCAAUUACUGAUAAGCCUGUAUUGAUAGCAUUAAUUGCUGGUCAUGCUGCAUGUGAUUUAGAAAAUGAGAAAACUUCACCUACACGACGUCUAUCACCAGGAUCUAAAGGUCAAAACUCAUUAGUCAAUAAUUCUGCCACACCAACAUCUCAUCUAUUAGGUCGUGGACUUAAAGAACCUAUUAUUAUACGAGCUAUGCAAGUUCUUCGUGGUAUUUUCAGCCAAGAAGGUAGUAGUAGUGUUAGUAACAAUAAUAAUAACAGUAACAUUAGUAAUUGUAAUGGUGGAAUCCAUAGUAAUCAAGAAAAGAAGAAACUUAUUAUACCAAAUUACGGAAUCACUCAUUCAACUGUAUUCAUUGUACAUCACAACUACAUUUCUUGCAUCAUUUUGGAUGUUUUGUAUAUCCUUGUCGAAAAUCAAUGAUCGCUUAUCGAUUUUCUAAUCAUUUGGUGUUAAUCCAACCGGAUUAGAUAUAUUUUCUUGAGUAAUAAUUCAACAGACGGGACAGUCUUAUACGACAGAUUUCUGCACACCAUUCCUUUGUUUUGAAUCAAUUAAAUUGUUUACCAUAUUUAAUUAUUUAUUCUAGCCAAUUGAUGCAUAUGUCACGCGAUGGAGAACUGAUCCAUAUUCACGUGGAUCUUACUCAUAUAUUGCUGUUGGAGCCACAGGUGCUGAUUAUGAUAUUCUUGGUGAACCAGUUUAUUACUCUAGUAGUUCCAGUGAUAUUUCUAUGCCAACUAAUAAUCCUCGUAUAUUUUUUGCUGGUGAACAUACUUGCCGUUGUUAUCCAGCUACUGUGCAUGGUGCACUUUUAAGUGGUCUACGUGAAGCAGCUCGUGUAGCUAAUCAUUACUUUCCAGGUCAAACACCUGUACGUGCGUCAGGAUUUAAAUUAAAUACUUCACAAUCGACGAAUCCACACUUCUAAAUGAUUCCAUUGUUUAUUUAUUUCCCUUUCUCUAGUUUUGUCAGUGUCUUCUCGGAAAAGGCUGUAUUUUCUCCUAUACCUGUACUUUAUCGACUGACUGUAGAUUAACUAUUUCAUAAAUAAUUAUUUUCCACCAAUUAGGUUUUAUCUAUCUUUACAUUUAUGUGUAUUCACCCUUAUGGAGUAUAUUUUUUCCUGUAAAAUAUAUUGAUAUACUACAUUUGUGUGCAAUCCUGUCAUAUUUUUCAGUUUAUAUGUUGAUAUAUUUGCCUAACCUCUAUUCGUUUUGUGCAUAACGUAUGUUUGUAUGGAUCGAGUUUAGUUGUUUUGUAUUAUACGUGAAGUUUUGUCGGUUAUUAUUAUUAUUAUUACUCUCUGAAUAUUUCUUGAUUUCUUUUAUUAUGACUAAUGCAUUCAUUACCCCGUUUUCAUUUUAUAAACAAACUUGAUAAAUUGUGAAAUACGAUAAAUGACAAAUGCUUGUUAUUCAGUGUUAUGUGCAGUAUUGUGGUGUCAAACUUACCACUGGUUUGUAAACAGUCAUAUACAACCAUGCUGAUGAGUUAAAGCUUUAUAUUGAAAUAUUUGCAUUAUUUAAUUGAUAAAUCAACGAACUCUUAGGGCUACUUAUUUUGUAUUGCAUAAUGAUGUUAUGCGAAGUUGUUUUGUCUUCACUUUAACACUAACCCUUUGUUUUUACUAUGGAUUAUCAGCAUGUAGUUUUUUUUAAAUAUUUUUGUUCUCUGGCUUAAACUAUUAUCGUUAUUGCACUAAGAUUCGGUAGAUGGCUGGUGUUUCAAUAGUAGGCCCUCGAUCGAAACGUCGCUACAUCUAUUUCAAUUUGGAUAACCAUGUUUUAUCACUGGUCCUCACAAAAACAAUGUGGCUCAAAGCCGAGUGCAUAAAACUGCACUUGAUAAAGUAGUUACAUCUAUUUCUAAUUACUUACUGAAAGUGUUAUAUUAUCAUUUUUUGAAGCCAUGGUCUGUGGCAUCAGCUGAAAAAUCACUGGAAAUCAAGAAGAAUUGGUUAUCUGUUUCUUUUCAGUUCGAAA